CAACGUGCAAAAAAAUCACCACUUAUCUCUCUAUAAAUUGACAUCCACUUGCCGUAAAUACUCAUACCAAAUUCAAACUAACACAAGAAAAAAAAAAAAACAUAAUGAAUACCCUUUUGUUACUAUUUUCACUUUCACUUUUUCCAUUUAUCUUAUGUGUGCCAAAUCCUUCAAGACUACUCUUAGCAUCAUCAUCAUCGUCUCCGGUUCUCGAUAUCAAUGGCGAUAAAGUUAAAGCAGGUCCCAACUACUUCAUUUUACCCGUUAUUCAAGGAAAAGGCGGCGGACUUUACCCAUCCAACGUUAAACAACACAAUAGUACUUGUCCUAGGGACAUUAUUCAAGAGACGGACGAUGUACAAGAAGGAUUGCCAGUAGUGUUUACACGUCUCGACGCGAAAAAAGGCGUCGUUCGUGUAUCUACUGAUGUUAAUGUGAGGUUUUUUACUCCGACUAUUUGUGCUAGAGAAACUAUUUGGAAACUUGGAGCGUAUGAUGACAAGUUGAAACAGUAUUUUGUUGUGACGGGUGGAGUUGAAGGUAACCCGGGUCCGAAAACCGUGGGUAAUUGGUUUAAGAUUGUGAAAUUCGGGUCGGGUUAUAAGUUUGUGUUUUGUCCAAGUGUGUGUAAGUUUUGUAAAGUUAUUUGUAAAGAUGUUGGGGUUUUUAUGAAGGAUGGGGUGAGGUUUUUGGCUCUUAGCGACACUCCAUUCGAAGUUAAGUUUAAGAAGACUUUUUGAUUUGUGUAAAAUUUUCUUUUUUAAAUUUGUACAAGUUUUAUGGUUAAUUUGAAAGAUUUAAUUUUUUAAUAAUAUUAUGUUUAUGAUA